CUUGCCUCCAGCUCUCACCUCCCUGCCACUCCUCCCUGUCUCUUCUCACGAAUCUCACGGACUUUUCUUUCUGUACUGUACUACUAGUGCUGGCCCAUUCGCACAUGUCUAUCAAGAAUCCGACGCAGUUUGUGGAAGAGUUCAAGAAGUCGGGGCAUUAUGAUCACCUACGGAAAGAACUGCUUAAGGAAUUUAGACAGAGCGACGCGAUGACUGCUCUCCUUUCUCGCGUCGACGAUAUCGCGAAGGAGAAACUGGCUUCAGACCCGAAGCUCCAAUACAUGCCCGAGGCCAGUGUUGUCAGGGAAGUCAUGCAGGAACUAGAUAGGUAUCCUCUAGUAGACCGCGCAGUGAAGGACAGAUCGUUACUCGAUGACCCGUCCUUUGUCGCCGGCUUGCGCAGUACCAUGCGCAAGAUCUUGCAAGAGGAUCGGAAGGCUGCCGGGAAGACGCUUGAUGGGACCGUGAAUCUCAACGGUACGUCUCACACUCCAGGACAGGGCGGGUCCACUAUACCGUGGAAGACAGGCGGGGUCAGCGUUACUGGCCAGCAUCCGGCGGGCCACGCAGAUAGUGACAGCGAGGGUAGUGAGGAGAGCAUGGAUAUGGAUAUCGAGGAAUACAGCAGUGAUUGAUCGAGAAGACCAUGGUGGCGCAGUAGGCCUUACCCUUGUGUGUUUCCCCAACCAAGGGUCUUCGGCAGAAUGCUGAGUAAUGCAAGAUCGCGCUUCUGCGGUCGUCGUCGGUGUUUGUGCAUCAUAGGUCCGGUGUGUGUAUGUAUGCUAUGAGAUCUCCACGGCAAGAUUCGUG